AUCACUCAACUACAUUGAACUGAACUAACCGAGCAGACUGUCGUGGUUUUCUACCGCCACCGCCACCGCCACCGUCACCGUCAAGCCGAUCUCUAGCUCGAUUACUUGUUAAUGGCGAUCAAAUGGCUCUAUCUCUAUCUGUGAGAAACCCCAAUAAAGUUUCAAUUUUGCUGCAGCCCUCUAUCUACUCUAAAUCUCAUUUGAUAGCAGCAUUCGAUUUCCAUGGCGAGCUCUACUCGAGCGCAGAGUCACAUGUUCUCGGAGGAGGAGGGCAAAAACGACGCCGUCCAGGGGGAGGGGAAGUGCGCUUGCCUUGUGGUUGCUCUUUGUCCCUGUCUCGUCUGCAUCAUUCUUCUCCUUAUCGUACUGUCUAUAGUCCUUAUUGUCAAGUUUCAUUUCUUCUGCCACACCCCUCUUCACUCGCUCCUGUACAAGAAAAGUUGCCAUUAAAGGCCCAAGAGAGAGUUUUCAGUUUUAGAAAAUUUUUAUUGUUACCUAGUAGAGGAGACAUGUUGGAUUUGGGUCAUAGAGGUUUCUCUAGCCUUCCUGGAACUGAUUCAGGUUCUGAAGAUGAAAGCGACGUUAACGGAGAGGAUAGAGGUGAGAAGGUUCAGUCAAUUGCAGAUCCAGAUGAAGUUGAGAAGGUCUGCAAGGUGAUCGACGAAUUGUUCGCAUUGGAUCGUAACAUGGAGGCCGUUUUAGAUGAAUGUGGAGUCAAUUUAUCGCAUGAUCUGGUUGUGGAGGUAUUAAAUCGAUUCCGCCAUGCUAGAAAACCAGCAUUGAGAUUCUUCUUCUGGGCAGGAGACCAGCCGGGAUUUACCCAUGAUUCAAGGACUUAUAAUUCGAUAAUGAACAUAUUAGCAAAGACCAGACAGUUUGAGACUAUGAUCUCCAUGCUUGAGGAAAUGGGUGCUAAAAAGCUCUUGACAAUGGAAACUUUUACUAUUGCCAUGAAAGCUUUCGCUGCUGCAAAGGAGAGGAAGAAAGCUGUAGGAAUCUUUGAGUUGAUGAAGAAGUACAAAUUUAAAGUUGGUGUUGACACUAUUAACUUUUUACUUGACAGUCUUGGAAAAGCCAAGCUUGGGAAAGAAGCAGAAGCUCUUUUUGAGAAGCUGAAAAACAGGUUUACUCCCAACUUGACAACUUAUGUGAUUCUGCUUAAUGGCUGGUGCAGAGUGAAGAACUUAAUGGAAGCAGGGAGGGUAUGGAAUGACAUGGUUGAUAAAGGGUUUAAGCCUGACAUUGUUGCUCAUAACACCAUGCUUCAAGGAUUGCUGAAGAGUAGGAAAAGAUCAGAAGCAAUCAAGCUGUUUGAGGUUAUGAAGGCCAAAGGUCCGUCUCCUAAUCUCCUAAGUUAUACAAUUAUGAUUCGUGAUUUCUGCAAGCAAUCGAAGAUGGAAGAAGCAGUCGAGUAUUUUGGAGAAAUGCUUGAUGCUGGAUACAAACCAGAUGCUGCAGUUUACACAUGUUUGAUCACUGGUUUUGGCAACCAGAAAAGGCUUGACACAGUUUAUAAGCUGUUGAAGGAGAUGCAAGAAAAGGGUUGUCCUCCUGAUGGGCGCACCUACAAUGCUCUAAUCAAAUUGAUGGCAAGCCAGCGAAAGCCAGAAGAUGCCACAAAGAUAUACAAGAAGAUGAUUCAUGAUGGAAUCGAGCCCUCAAUCCCCCCCGUAUCUGAUAUACUUGAAGAAUUGGCUCGGAAGAUGAAUUUUUCGGGCAAGUUUGAAGUCUCCAAUGUCUUUGCAAGGUGCGCUGAGAUGUUGAAGAGGAGAGUAAGGGGAAGAGAUCCAAUCUAACCGGAUGGACAAUGCGCUUAAUUGACUCAGGUUAUUACUCAUAAUUCAGUAAGUUUGCGUAGUAUUCACUUGAUAUUGAAGAGCAAUUCAAUUAUUACACGAUCAAAAUUAUCGAAUUACUACACAAAGUUAUUGAAUUACUAGGAAGCAGGAAAUAGAGAGGCAUGGUAGAUAUUCUUUGAAAAAAUUACCUUGGAUUUGAGUGUUGUACAAUCUGUAUUUCUUAUUCUAUAUGUAUAUUUUAAAGUAGUUCUAUCUGUUAACUUCUGUUUUCAUGGCUGAAUUAGCUGAACUAAUGUUAUGUGAUUCUUUGGCCACUUA